AUGCAGGCACCCGAACCCCGGACGACCACUGCGUUGCUCUCCCGCGGACUUCACCGUCUGCGCACGACCGCUCCCCGCAUCAUCGCAUCGCCGCCUACGCAACCGCGGCGGGCAGCAGUUGCACUUAUCCUUCGGGUUGUACCACCUCCGAAUUUCCCACUCCCGCCUGCACCUUCUGGCGACAGCAAGCCAUCGCUUCCUGAAUUCUUUGCACAAGACUGGGUGUCACAUCCGAACGCACGACCGGAGAUCCUCUUCUUGCAUCGCGAAAACGCUGGAACUGCACCUGCUACCGAUCCGAAUGUCACCAGCGACGCGGCGGUUGCGUUUCCCGGCGGGCGGAUGGAGGCCGACGACGAGGACGGCUUGUUCACUGCAAUGAGGCAUACAUGGGAGGAGAUUGGCAUUGAUCUGGCCGAAACCGAUUAUAUGUCUAUCGGACAGCUCGACGACCGCGAGAUUACGACUUCACUCGGGAAACGUCUCCUCAUGAUUCUCUCACCAUUCGUAUUCUUGCAAUUGUCACCAUAUACCCGUCCUGUGGACCCGGUACCACAGACUAGCCUACACUGGGUCCCUCUGACCGCGUUGUUCCCCGCGCCAGCACUUGUCGUCGCUCAACCCACUCCUGCGCCGCGCUGGAGCACCGUGAGCAUUGACGCUGCAUCGCGUCUGGCGCCACGGCACUCGACAGCUUUGCGCCUUCUCAUGCGUGUAUUGGUGGGAAGCAUGCAGUUCCCGGCCCUCGUACUGCCUCCACCACCACCAUUCCUGACAUUGGAUGAGAAGCAUGCCGGCGGUGGUGCGUUGGAAGCAGGCACAGGCCGACGGGAACGCCCAAGGAAGCUGUGGGGCUUGACUCUGGGGAUGACGCUCGACUUGUUAUCAUAUACGGCGCCUACGCCGCUUACGCCGUGGGACGCGGAUGAGCUUAUGGGCGUCACUGGUAUUGAACCUGUCGACGGCCGGGGCAGGCGGGGUCGUGUCGAUGCGCCUCCAAGCCUGACAAGCGUCUUCCCGCGCUUCUCGUACCCGGAUGUGAACUUCUGGAUCUGGGUUUUCGGUAAAAGAUACCGCGAAGUUAUCCGCGGGUGGGAGACCUCGAUGCGUAACGGGGGCGUGAAUGAUCGUAGGAUCAACUGGACUGGUGCCGCGCUUACCACGUUCUAUGCGGCGGUGCGCAAGGCGCUUGUUCUUGUCCUUGUCCUCCGCGCGCUUGGUCUGCUUGUUGGCGUUGCCCUCGGCAUCUGGUGGGUCCUGCGCUGA